CCUCCCCCUCCGAUCCGACCCAUUUCGUGUCACGCCACCGCCGGCAACAAUGUCGUCGGAGCCGGCGUUCACCACUUCCGCCAUCGUCGCCAGCACCGUGUCCGCCUCGCACGUGGUCAAGAUCGACGGCUACUCGCGCACCAAGGGCCUCGCCACCGGCGUCCACCUCAAGUCCUGCUCCUUCAUCGUCGGCGGCCACUCCUGGAGCCUCGCCUACCUCCCCAACGGGGACUGCGCCGAACGCUCCGAGUACAUCUCCAUGUACCUCGUCCUCAACGGCGUCGCCCCCGGCACUGGCGGCGGCCCCGUGCUCGCGCAGUUCUCGAUUAGCCUGCUCGACCGCGCCGGCAAGCCGGCGCCGACCUACACCAGGACGGGCACGACGACCCCGUACGUCGGCCCCGGCGCGCACUGGGGGUUCCCCGGCUUCAUCCGGCGGGAAGCUCUCGAGAAGUCGAGGCACCUCAACGUCAAGGAGGACUCCUUCUCCGUCCGCUGCGACCUCACCGUCGUCACCGAGUUCCGCGCGGAGGAUGCCGCGUCCAUCGCCGCCGAAGCUGCUUCCGCUCCCCUGUCCGUCCCGGUGCCGCCGCCGGACAUGUGGCGGCACCUGGAACAGCUCCUGCUCAGCCAGAUGGGCGCCGACGUGCGCUUCCGUGUCGACGGGGAGGACUUCGCCGCGCACCGGUGCGUGCUCGCGGCGCGCUCGCCGGUGUUCCAGGCCGAGCUGUUCGGCACGAUGAAGGAGGCCUCUUCCGAGGCGCAGUGCGUGGUGGAGAUCCAUGACAUGAGGGCUGAUGUCUUCAGGAAUCUGCUCUACUUCAUGUACACCGACGCGCUGCCCCUGCCAGUGCCUGAUCAAGAGCCAAGACCCGACCCCGAAGAAGAAGCGCUCAUGGCUCAGCACCUGCUCGUCGCCGCAGACAGGUAUGGCAUGGAGAGGCUCAAGUUCAUCUGUGAGGACGCUCUGUGCAGGCACAUCGACGUGAGCACGGUGGCGACCACGAUGGCGCUCGCUGAGCAGCACCACUGCCAGGGGCUCAAGGAGGCUUGCUUUCAGUUCCUCAGGACUCCCGGGGCACUCAAUACUGUCAUGGCAACUGAUGACUUCGACCAUCUCGCCACCAGCUGCCCAUCCCUCAUAAAGGAGUUGAUUUCUAAGCUUGCUGCCCGUUGAUCUGGGAGAAGAAGAUCAAGGGCAUGCCCAACCAUAUGGAAUUUCAGCAAUGCCGAUCAAGAAGAUGUCUGGUUUAUUUUCUUGAAUAUGUUAGUUCCCUUGCUAAAUAUGUGGAUUAGGCUUAUGAAAGUGAUAGGGGGAGGAUUGCUAGGCCUAGGCUAAAUACUUUCAAAAACUACAGUUUUUGCAAUGUAUGGUAGGCAUGGAAAUUAAUUAGCUGUUGUCAAAGAUACAAUUCGGUGUGUGUGUUCAAGGUCAAACAAUGCAAAUGUUUUAAGGGGCAAGCAGUAUUAGACCUGGCUGUUACAUUGUACUCCAAUCCUCAAAUAAAAGAACACACUGUAUCACAGUUUUUUUU